CUUCCUCCAGAUGACCCCUCGGCCAACUGGCUGCACGCGCGCUCCUCCAGGAAGAAGCGGUGCCCGUACACCAAAUACCAGACGCUCGAGCUGGAGAAGGAGUUCCUGUUCAACAUGUACCUCACGCGGGACCGGCGGCAUGAGGUGGCGCGCGCGCUCAAUCUGACAGAGCGGCAGGUGAAGAUCUGGUUCCAGAACCGGCGGAUGAAAAUGAAGAAACAGAGCAAGGAUCAAUCCAAGGACUAGCUGGACUCUCUCUCGCUCUCUCUCACACACACACUUACACACACACACACACACACACACACACACACACACACACAC